GCGGGGCCUGCGGGGGCCGACGAGGGUGACUCCCUGGACGCUUUCAUGGGUGGUCUCAAGGAGGAGAUCAACAAACCCGUCGGGGACAGCAAGGCCUUCGAGGGCAAGGCCAAGGCGUCCUGGGAGGAGCUGCAGAGCGACGACCCCGCGGCGUCCUACCUGGAGGCGUGCGAGGACGGCACGCUCCGGGGCGGCAUGGACGAGGCCGAAGGCAGCGACGAGGAGGGCGCGAAGGCGGAGCCGAUGGACGAG